GCCAGCCAGAGCCGGCCUCCUCUUCUUCCUUUGUGUUUGAACUAUGAUUUGAACCGUGUGUCGUCUGCUCUGUGGGACCGGGAACACCUGAGAGGAACGUUUGUGUCUCCGACUUUCACAGUUUACUCAUGUCUGUGGGACUAGAACCAGACUUCUCCGGUGAUGAGGUGUUUACCAGCCAGUUUCCCAUCCACCGCGCCUGCCGGGACGGAGAUGUUGGCGCUUUGGCGUCACUGUUAGAGCAGCUCUCACACCGGGCUCCUCUGACCACUGAGGACUCCUGCUACGGAUGGACCCCCAUACACUGGGCAGCUCACUAUGGACAGCUGGAGUGUGUGGUGCACCUUGUGCAGGUGGGUUGUGAGGUGAACACGGUGACCAGCCGCUUUAACCAGACACCGACACACACUGCAGCGUUCGGAGGACAUCCUAACUGUGUGGUGUGGCUGACUCAGGCUGGAGCUGACGUCAACAGGCAGGACUUUGUAGGCGAGGCUCCCAUACACAAGGCUGCCAGGUCAGGUAGCUUGGAGUGCAUCCAGGUCCUGCUGAUAGCAGGUGCCAAACCACAUUUAAGGAAUGCCAGCGGGCAGACAGCAGCAGACCUGGCCCAAGCUCACGGCUUCCACGACUGCUCUCACUUCAUCUCCAACGCCCACAAGCACCUGCUGCAACUAAGCGGACUCCACGUGAACGGAGUGCAGAACGGAAACGGUCAGGGCCUGCUCAGCAAAGCAGCCAGCAGGAAGAGGCUGCUGACCGCCACUGAGGCUGGUCACAUGAAGAAGGCCAAGAGAGAUGUGUUGCUGCAGAUGCAGAGCAGUGUAGGUGAGGAGCUGGACAGCAUGAACAUGGAGUCUGCACAGGAGCUCAGCUCAGAUGUCGACACCAAAGCCGUCACCAACAGUUAUCACCACACGCUACCAGCUGCCGACCAGGAUCACAGCGCACCGAUGCAAAGCUUCUCCACACAUGACAAAGCGUCCUGCCCUCCAGCCAAUCAGCAGCCAGCAGCCGCGUCCGGUCAGCGCGCUUCAGCCGACAUGUGCGGCUCCCUCCACAUGACCGGGAGCCCCAGCAGCUGCGUGUCCCACCGGCCGGCCUGGUGGGGGCUGAUGGGGGCCGACUGCGGGGACUUCCUGCAUUACGGACACUACCACGGCUUCGGAGACACCGCCGAGGAGCUGACCGACAGCAGCCGCCUGGAGUACAAGAGCAGCAUCCAGGCGGAGCAGAGGUACAACCAGGCGGUGGCCAGCAGCAUCCACCUGUACCACGGCUCAUAAAGACGAGGAUGGAGCCUCACAGCCGGCCUCAUGGACACAUGCAACAAGUCUGUCCACCUGCAUGUUGCUUUUAAAGGAACAGUCUGACAUUUUCUGUCAAAUCUAGAGUCACUACUAUGGAGAUCCAGGACAUGUUUAUUCUUGUUUGACUCAUCUUAACUCAAAAGUCCACUUACUAGUGUUUGAGCUUUCAACCGCAUCUCAUGGUCUUCAUCAGCACAUGGAGCUGGCUGGAAUCUGAACGGAGACCAACGUUACAGUCACACACCCCCGACCCCAUAUUCCAUCUCGUAGCUUAGCUUCACUUUACGCCUCAAAAUCUUCUGAAUCUUAAUUACACAGUGACUGUUCAUUUAUUGGACAGAUAUUUAUGGUUCUACUUCUCUCACACAGCAGUUGUGUCCCAACUUCACACCUCAUACUAACUGUAUACAGUAUGUGCUGUAUAUUCAUUGCAAUAAUUUCUAGUAUUCUGCAGUUUGUUUAACACAGUUUACAGUUGUAUACUAACAGGAAAUAAUGCACCAGUCCAACCACAACAGUGGAACGUCUGUCAGUGAGAGAGCAAAUAUUCAACACUAGAUGUUUUUUACUAAACAUUUUGAGUUUACUUCAUUUUCUGACAUUUCCAGUGUGUCCAGUUCAUUUCUCUAAAGUCCCGUCAUUUGCACACAUCUAGAGUUCUGAGGUUUAGUGGAUGAAUCGAUUAGUCAAUCAAGAGAAAAUAACUUGGCAACAGUUUUGAUAAAGGAAUAAGGGUUUGUUAUUUUUAAUUUUGCUGGUUGCAUGGACUUGAAGCUUUUCUGUGUCAUACGUGACAGUAAACUGAAUAUAUGUUGAUAGUACAAAACAACAUUUAAAGGGCUUUAAGCAAUUCUGAUGGACAUCAUUCACUACUUUCUGACAUAUUAUAGACAAAAUGAUUCAUUGAGAAAAUCAUCUGCAGAUGAAUGUCUCUUCUUGGGUAUAGUGGUGACGAGCUUACAUAAAGAUACAGUAUUUAAAUCUCAUUGCCACAUUUGAUGGAGCUAGGCUAGCAGUUUCCCUCUGCUUGCAGUCUUUGUGCUAAGCUAAGCUAACCGUGUGUCAGACUAUUAGAAGCACAGAAAUAAAAUGAUAUUUACUUAUAUUGUUUGGAUAAAAAAAGGUCAAGGUCUACUUAUGAGGUUAUUCUGGAGCUUUGGACCACAGCUCAUGGUCUUCAUCAGCAGAUGGAGUUUUGUCAGUUGUCAUGGAGAUGGCUGAUAUCAAAAUAGGUUGACCUUGUUAUCCGACUCUCAACAUGUCAGACUGCUCCUUUAAAGCCUUUUUUUUUUUUCAACUUAAGAUCACACGUACAUUUAUUUCCUGCAAUGUAUUUCUGUAUUUAGAACAUUUAUCUUCAUUCAGUUAGUGCUGCCGUUGACUGGAUCGUACUUCAAGGGCUGUGAGGUUUGUGUUUGUGUGUGUGUGUAGCUGUUGGUGUGUGUUGUGUGCUGAUCUGCCGUCCUUCAGCAGGGAGGAACAAGAAAACUGAAAACUCCUUGCUAGCCUUGAUCUACCAAAGGGAAUAUAGUAUGAUUGAUUAGUGUUUUUGUUGCUUUUCUCAAUUGAAAUCAUUUGUUAUUUAUGUGUUAGAGCAGAUGAAUGUUAUUAGUCCUGGCUGUUGUGUAACUUUAUAAAGUAUAUUGUAGGCUUUUUUAGGACUCUUUGUACAGUAUGCUGAAAACAUGUCUCUUUUUCUAAACACUAUGUCAGCUGUUUGGGAAUGUGCACUGUGUGCCAAAGACUGACUUACACCAGGCACUGCUGCAUCUGACCACUGAUUGUAUACUAUACCAUGUUCUGGGUCUGCCUCUUUUCCUAUUAAAACACAUUUUGCAGUUUCAUAAA